AUGAGACAUUGCCGUGACUCGAUUCGGAAAUUCAAUGCACUUCCCAUCCUUCUGGCCCACACCAAGCGCAGGCAUUCGGAUCCGAAGAGUCGCGAAACUUUUCUUACGGCGAUCGACGAGUUUCGUCAAAACUCCAUCUAUCUUGCUGGUGCCGAGAUAGCUGAACGGGCCAGUGCUUCUAUUCGCCUUGGAGAAUGUGUAUGCACAUUUGGAUACUCCUCUGUCGUCGCACGUGUUCUGGAGCGCGCCUGGUUCGGACCGGAAGCAAUCCACUCCUCCCGUGCUGUGUUAGCAGGCUCCUCUGCAGAGUCUACAUCUCCACCACGACAACAAAAGACCGAUGUGGAUCGUACCCGAAUGCCUUUUAGUGUGUUGGUUGUUGACAGCUCGCCCAGAUUCGAGGGCAGGUACAUGCUCGCUCGACUGACCAAAGCUGGGAUCCCUUGUGAAUACACUCACAUUGGCGCCCUGCCUUCCCUGGCGCAUAAAGUUUCCCUCGCUGUUGUGGGCUGUCACGCGCUGUUGAACAACGGAUACGUGUUGGCUUGCAUCGGCACGGCUAUGAUGGCAAACAUCGUAUCGGCUGUCGCUCACGCUCCCACUCUAGUUUGUGCGGAAACGUAUAAAUUUUGGGAACAAGCCCAUUCUGACGCAUUUGAGUACAACGAACUCGGCGACCCAGACGAUCUUUGGCGUGGUCCUCGUGGGACAUCUGCUGACCCCAACUGCGGUCUCGUUGAGUGUUCAUCCGUACGCAAUGCUUCUCUUGAUGAUUCAGUUCCUGAUUUGAGCGAAUGGAGAACUAACCCGAAGCUUCAUCUGCUCCAUCUUACGUACGAUGUGUUACCUCCGGAAUUGGUCACUGCGGUUGUAACGGAAAAGGGUACCUUACCCACCACUUCCGUUCCUGUAGUGCUGCGUGUGAAGCAAGCCGCGUCGGCAACCUUUUAGUACUCUUUUACAUUCCAUGCUCCGUAUUCAAGUAACAGGAGCUCCUCUCGUCAACUACUGACUAUUACGCAAGCAUCGCUUGCUUUCACUGUGUCCUCGCUAGUUCGUACUUUCUGUGGCCUCACCGCCGUGCAAAAGAGUUUCAAUUUCGAUCGCACUGACCGUUUGUGUUGCAUGGUUUUUCCACCUGAGCUGUCCCUACUUCGUGUCUGCAUAUGGUUAUUAGUUAAAAAACUGCAGUUUAUACCUUGAGAUGUUCAUCUCUGUUGUUCUCAGGUUCACAAUAGUACCCAGUACUCCGUAACAAAGCUACUGCAUAUCGAACUUUCUUCAACCCAAAAUAACCUUGCAGUGGCCGCAUAGAUGUGAUUGUAGACUUGCACUUUUACAAUCAGUCUUCCUUCUAGACGCUAUUGUUUGACGGUGUCAUGUAAGUUAUAGUGUAUAUACUACCAAGCGAACUUUCUAGUGAUGUCUUUUUCUUCAAGCAAAGCUUGUUUUCCUGUGUAGUUGUUUUUAACUCUUUGAUUUCACUUUACCACGACAUUUCUGGUGUUUCGCGGAGCCAAUUUAUGCGACUUUGUAUGCGAGCACAUUCGGACACUGUUCUUUGUAAACCCGUGCUCUUCUCAAACAUGAUUUCAAAAGUUUGGUUGCAACAUUCAUCACUAACACCAGUACAUCAGCCAUUUCAAC